AGGUACCUUCUCCUGCCGAAUCGAGUCUAGCUGGUGCUUGAACGUGUUCCGAAUCAAACGGAUUGCUUUCUUUCCCUCCUUUUGAUUUCUGUGUUCUGUGCAAUCCGCAGAAAACUUUGAAGGUGCGGGAUCGUCCUACACGACGAGCACAUUACGCGAUCGUGACCAGAAUCGAUCGUGCUGACAUUUCCAGAACCUUUUGGGAUUGGCCAAAGCAAACCCCGAUACUAAUUGUGUGUGUGUGGCGGAAAGAGAAAUCUGUGUAAGCCUACUGCAAAACCCCGUUCGCAGUUAGUUCCGUUGCGAAGCUUAUUGACACGUGUUAGUCUCGGUGUUUGUUUAUUUUUUUAUUUCGCUUCCUCCGAAGAAAGGUGUGCUGAUGAUAGUUUCUCAUUUUUCAUCUCCAAGUGAAUGCAGUGAUUUUUAAAAGUGUAUGUGUUUAGUACUAGCCGUUGCAUUGCUGCAGUGCGGUUUCGUCCGAGGCGAAGAAGUUUAACGCGAGGAAAGUUUGAAAGAAAGGGAAUGUGAUGCAAAGGCGAUAGCUUAUUCGCUCGUAGUAAAUUGGUUGUUUGAGUGUAGCCUCAAGUGACACAUAUUUUUUUUUGCUUUUGUUUAUGGAAGAGGCCCGGUCGGGGGGUAGCGUAGAGAUAAAUUAUAAGCCGAGUGACGAGAGGUGUAUCAAAUCGACGGAUUCUCGAGGUUUUCCACAAGUUGGAUGGAAAAUCGUGACUGGCGAGACAUAAGAUAAACACUAGACUAUACUAGCUGGGAGAGCUUUUGCUUUUGAUUAAAGACUUGAGACUAGCGUUGGAAGGAGAGGGAAGACAUCUUCGACAGAGAAAGGUUCCCUGCAACGGAGAGAACUGAGCGAAAUUCAGCAAUUUCAUAAGAAUCAACAAUUGAAAGGUGUCAACAAUUAAACGUAGUAGAACAAUACGAUAGACGAAAUUUCUCCGAUAACGCACCGUUCAUAACCGUCAGCAAAUAAUCUGCCGGCUGAAACACGGCGACGUUGUGCAACAAGAAGAGAAGAAAAAACCUCCCAGCGAAAGAGACGCGACACACCGUGGAGACCCUGUGCGACAGCGGGACCGUCGCGACAUCGAAUCUACGAGCAGCGUGUAUAGCAAGCUCCAAAUUGAACUGACGGAAAGCAACACAUGAUGUUGCAUCGGUAGAGUUCAACUGCCUUCAAUAAUCUUCAGUGUCCUUUGAGUAGUGUUCAAGAACAAAGAACAGCAAGUUUCAUACAAGUUUGGAGAAAAUCGUAGUACCCAGCCCAGCGUUCAAAAUGGAGCUCCGUUUGGAGAUUUUGUUAUGCGUCCUGAUUAACGUACUACUUGUCAACUCAGCCGUUUACACUCCGGGAAAUGGUCCUGUGUACAACCCAAAUGGCAAUGCUGGCGUUCAAGCUAUCGUCCCGACACAGGUCAACAACCCUGGCUACCUGGUCACCCAGACCGUGUACGGAUUCCUGGAUUUCACCACCACCAUCGGUAAUACGGUGAUGAUCUUUUCUCCCCAAAGUGCGGCAGCAGCUAUAACAGAGCCUCCGAAAACGACACCGGCCCCUCCGCCGGUGAUCGAAACUUCACCUCCACCUACUCCUUCCACAACAACGGCCGCGGCACUGGCCGAGGAGAUAAAACCAAGCAAAACGGUGAUUCUUCCCGUGCAAGCCAAGGAAAGGGUCAGCGUUGUGCAACCGUUCGUGGUGAAACCCAACGUUCCUGUUAAAUUCGUCCAGAAAUCGAUCCUCCCGGCCAAGGUUAAACCGAUCGGUAAACCGAAACCGAAAGUUGCGAUCGUCGAAGUUACUCCGGUAACUCCGGAGCCCCAACCCGCUGUGGUGGAAGAGCAGGAAAAAAUCGAACCCGUCCGAGUGCAGGUGGUGAAACCGCAAGCCCCGAUCAUCAAAGUGGUGACAGCGAAGGUGGCCGUGACAACUGAGAAGGAAGUGAUUACCCCGGAGCCACAGGUGGAAAUAGUUCACGAAGAAGAAGAAGACCAUGAACAGGACGAAGAACAGCAUGAGCCAGAAGAAGAGGUUGAGGAUAAUGAAGAAGAAGAAAAUGAGGAAGAAGCUCAGCAAUCUAAAGCAGAUGAGUCUGGUAAGAAGGAAGAACAUGUAGCGGAGGAACAAGAAGAAGAAGAAGAAGAAGUACAAGAGGAACCGGAGGAACACGAGGUAGUAGAGGAAAAGAAAAUUGCCCCCGUGGAAGCUCCAAAACCGAAACAAUCUACAGAAGAACCGACUAUCCAAGCUGAACAGAAGGAACACUCCCCGAUUGUAUUCUCAACAAUCACGGAAGAGAAUGAAACCGAACGCGACGAAGAACCGGAAGAAGACGAAGCGGAUGAUGAAGACGAACCAGCACCGGUGCUACAGAUUGGCAACAACAUCGCUCCCGAGCCGGAGUAUGACUUCCUCUCCCGACAGCCAUCGGAGUUCGUGGAAGAGACCUACCGGGUAGUGAAUUUGAAGCCAACGGCCACGACCAGCACGGCACCAACAACGACCGCCCCCAAAGUGAAGGGCAAACGGGGACAAGGUAAUGCAGCAGCCGCAGCCUCCGUCGCCUCCGCUCCCGUUGCCGAGGGUCAACCGAAACGGGCUCCGGGUCCGAAGGUAAGUCCCAGUCCAACGCUACGAAUACUGAAAACUGCUGCGCCGAAUCCGAACAAAACCCCGCGCUACAAUCCGGAAGCGGCUUCGAUCAUCACACCAUCCCCGUCGGCGCAGCAAGCGUUGGAGGACACUGGGCUGCCGCUGGAAAAUCUCUUCGCCAGCCAACCGAGCUCCAGCCUGGUACGGCCAUCGCGCCGUCUCAGCGGACCCGGAGUUAACCUGAACGGCGGAAGCUUCAAGAAUCGGCUGAAGAAUCGCAUCAUCAAGGAGGACAACGAUCUGCAGGAUCGUUCCGAUUCGGACGAACCGGUCGGUCCGCCGGCCACCACCUCCGCCAGCUUUGGUAAUGGGAAGAAAACUAACCGCUACCGUAACACGCAAACCGUCAAACCUAACCAUGGCGGCAAAAACACUCGCUAUAACCGAUUCUCUACAUCUAGUGUGGAACUGGCGACGGUGUCCGUUUUCAGUGAACCUUCUUCUACCACUCCCGCCUACGCAAACAGGCGUAACAAAGCUUCUCGUAACAGUUUCAAGCCUAGCCUUACCAACAGCAGUCCAUCGUCGUCGUCUUCGUCAUCAUCAUCGUCCAAGUCAUCCCCGCCGUCGUAUUCAUCCCGGCAGCAGGAUCAACACCAGCAGGAACAGGAAGCGAACCGUCGAUCGUUCAAACCGAACUUACGGCCUACCCCACCGGAUGGUGAGUCCAGCACGACCAGCACCAGUCUGUACAAGUUCAAGCUGAACCGCUCACCGGGUCGCUGGCAGUACAAGAGUCCCCCGAAACCGACCGUCAAUAUCCGAAAGCAGAGUCCGAAAGUACGCGAUCCGGUGGAGAACCUCACGGCGGCCCCAGUGUACGAUACCUCGGUACAGUACAACGACAUCGCCCAGAAUCCCGAUCAUCCGGAGAAGGUCGACACGGACGCCGAUCUGGACCAGUCCGGUUCGGUGAAUGGAAAUGUGCUGAACGAUGCGGAAAAUGAUAAUCAGAUCGAGCAUCGGUAUCCGAUUGAGACGAUCAAGGUGGAGAUUUCAACGCCGGUGGAUUUUAAGGAUACUUACUUCGAGAUUGCUACCAUCAAGUCACCCUACACCUUCCAGGUUGGCACCGUGAAGAAUACUCGUUACAUCACCGUGACGUCGACUUUCGAGAAGACGUUGGAGCAGGAAACAGCUACCAUCACUCCUUCGUUGGUCGAACCGCUGACGGAAAACAUCCUCGCCACAACGACUCACCUAGAUAAGGAAAGUAAUUUGCUGGAUUCCAGUAUUGCAACUCUUCCUCCAAUUACCCUAACGGGUGAUAUGGGGACUCCUCCGCUGGAAACGUUGACAGAAACAUUCAGCACUACCCAGGCUAUGUUGAAGACCCACAUUCUUCCGGUUAUCCGAGAAGGUGCGGACGCUACGAGUUACACGCUGAUUCAAACCUAUCACAUUACACGGUUGGUGACUGCCACGAAAACACUUCCCCCGAUGGAACUGUACCAUUUCGUACCGUCGAAGACGUUGAACGAGUUCAACAGCCGCCUGGAUGAGGCCGGUUCAGAGUUGCACUUGGAGUUGGAGUUUGGCGAUGACAACGAAGAGGAUGAAGACAAGCCUAAACUUCCCUCGGAUCUGGACCUGUCCAGCAUUGGAUCCGAUUUUGAUUUAUCGGAGGUCGACAAGACUAACAUUCCGGUGAAUAUUCGACCGAAGAAGAGGAUCGCUGGUCACAAGGAAGGUAACAAGAUAACCACGGAAGCUCCCGUUACGACUCCAAGUCUCACACCGGAUCAGCUGCAACAGUUGGCACUGCUAAGGCUACUGAAUCCGGCAGCGGCAGCUCAGAUUCCUUCGGUGAUCACCUCAUCCAAACCAGUCGUGAAACUGGAAACGGUCUACGAAUCGCACGUCCUCCCGAUCAUCAACGGUCAGAACACCAUCUUCAGCACCAUUUCGCGUCCGAUCGGAACCAUCACCAAGACAAACUACGAAGUCGUCACGACGACACUGCCCUCGCUGCCCAUUCCUCCGAUUCCACAGCUGAACCCAUUCCAGCCGCAGCCCCAGGUGCAGCUUCAAUCAACGCCCGUCGUCACGCAAACCGUCGUCACCGAAACGAACAGCAAGGUGCUGAAGCUGACCUUCGGCGCGAAGACGGCCUACACGACACUGUACUCGACAACCGUGGUACCAACGCAGCUGACCACCUACCUGACGCAGUCCGUUGCCGUUCAACCGACGGCGGCCGCUUUCCCGGGCUACUUCCCGGCACCGUACGCUCCCUUCCCGUACGUGGGAUAGACAGCAUGAGGUACUAUCAACUUUUAGGUUAGAAUAACGAAUUUUCUAGGACAAUAAUUUAGAUUUAAUUGUAGUGUAACGCGCCCGACUCGAUUCCCAUCCCUUCGGCUAGUGAUGUGUGGAGCAUUCUUAUGCGUGUCUUACCACCCCGUUCUCGCACUAAUGAUCCCUUUUGAGGUGGAAGAGCUAAAUUUAUGUUUCUUUGUUGAUCGUUGAAUGUCGCGGGAGUGCGUGGUACGCAAUAAAAAAACAGAACGCAGCUACCGUGAAGGAAACACGGGUAAUUACCAGUUUCUUAGUGCUUCCCCAUGUGUUGUUGGCCCGGAACGAUGGCUACAGCCUACUUCGUCGGUUUUCCGUGCGAUAAAUUUUGCCAAGUAGUUGAAAAAUCUGCGAGGGUUGGCUAAAUUGCACGUUGAUACAAGAUUGAUGGCUUUGUCGAACAAGGGGUAACUGGAUGUUUUUUUUUCGAAAAGUAAAAUUUGACAGGUUUCACAAAUAACCUCACUUUUAUUUCCAUUUCAAAAAUUUAUUGAACAUACAUUUGACGAAAGAAUGGAGCCUAUUUCUAAGCGAACCCAGAAGCAUCCCAAUCCCGUUUACGCACGAUUGACCUGUGAGUACCGAUAAGACGAUCGACUGCUCACAGGACAGCGGCACCAGCGCCGGACGGCAUCCAAUCCAAUCAAAAUCUAAUAUCAUUCGGUCAGGUAAAGAAAACGGAACUUACUUCUUCAGUUUCCUGCAGGAAGUUAUUGUUCCCGAGUAUAACGAACAAGGGGUGGCACGGUCAUAAUAAAAACAACAACAACAACAACCAUUAUUUCAAACCCUCGCCUUCCUGAUAGCCGUAAUAAAGAAGCGCCAUUGUUUACCGCCUGCUUGGAUGACGGGCGGGAUGGGGGAGCUGAUUGCAACGUCUCUAAGAAGUUGUCUAGAAGCAUAAAUUUCCCUGAUAUACGAUUAUCACUUGCUUAUGGGUUUUGCGUUGUUUACCUAUGACGGCGAGAACGACAUUUUUACGACCAUAUGGGCUGGGCUAUUUAAUAACGUUGCCGUUGUCGGUUGGUCGAUCCGGAAAACUGGAACCGGUCGUGGGUGUCGUCCUUGUGCGAAAGUUUGUUUGUUCAGUUCCGACAAUCGCUCGUAAGGGCGGAUUUUCGAACCGAUCAAUUUCCCGGAGGCUUCCGAGCGAAAAAUUAAAUAUUUGCCUAUUCUAAAAUAUUGCUUUCGAAAUUCCACCAGAGGCGCUGUCAUAAAAUGAAACGAAACGAAACGAGCGAAAUAUUUCAGGGUUGCGUACCAUGUCGGAAACUUUUUUGGCGAGUAACGAAAGGGUUCGGUGAUGAUGGCAACAUUGAUGGUCAGCCUUAACGAUUGCUGAGGUCAUCAACGUCGUUAGCCGUUUAUCGCCUUGCGUGUGGCACGUAAGAGUAUUGAGUUUUGGUCGGAUCAAGGAAUUUUUUUGAUUGGCACUAUUUUGAGGAUCAAAAGAUUGAUGUGUGUCGAUAUUAGAAUGACGUGAUGAUUUUUUUUUGUAUUUCGGGGUAGAUCCAUUCUUAGAUCAUUCUGGGUCCCUGGGAACUGUUGAAUUAGCGAGCCCUCUGAGAUCGAAAAAACUGGUACAGAUGCUUUUUAUGGUGAUAAAAUGUCAAAUUUUUGGGCAAAUCGAAAAGAAACCUUGGUUUCAAGGAAAAUACCAAAUUUGACGCUGUUGUGUAGCCAUAUUUGAGUAAUACUUUCGAAACAAGAGGAUCAGGUUGAAACGUUGAACAAAUUCUACUGUGAAAGAAUAUUGCAAUAACACAAUAUUUUCAGAUAUUUUACAAAAAAAUUCUCCUACAAUCCUGGAUUCAGUGCCAUAAGCUGCCUGAUACCCCAGUCAAAAUUCACGAAAAUAACGUCAAUUUUUUCUAAGAAGUUCGAAUAUCUGAAUUUGGUAUUGUGAGUUUGUUCACGAGUUCCUGGAAAUAUUCUGUUCAGGCUAAAAGGAUCCUUAUAUCUAGGUAUUCUGGUUAUUUUUUUCCUGAAUUUCUGAUUUAUUAGACCCUUUUUCUUGAUACUUAUAUUGCCGAAUAGAUUCCUGAGAUCGAAGAUUUCUACUCCGUAACCUGAACUCCAUAACUGCCACUCUUGAAUCAAGUGCAUUGGAUUAUCGGAGAAUCGAUUCCUCUGCUCUCAUUCAGUAUAGAAACAUUCCGAUUGGGCAUCUCUCAUCGCACUAAAUCUCGGUGGGGAUGUAACUGCGCUGUUUUGUAAUAAUUUGUUUCAAUGGCUUUGCUCAACUUUACCUUCUGUGAAACGACCCAUUUUUCUUCCGUUGACUACACUAUAUCUGCACGAGCUAAAACGGGAGCUCGACGUUUAGCAGCGAAAACAUCGUCGUUGGCGUACUUGCAGAACAAAACACAUUUUUAAAAAGUCUGUCAAGAAUAUUGUGGAUUGAGUCACGGCUUAUGUAAAGCAUACACCAUGCGGGUUCAGACGAAUCUUUUUUGUUCGUGUUUAUUUUCCGACGGCCUAUGUCCGCGUUGACCCCGACAGCAGAGAAGUGACUUCACUGUCGGGACCCCUAGAUAUCGGCCCAUCAACAUAUGGACCGGGUCUAACGGGUUCGCGUUCCGUACAAGAUUUUCCACCUCAAAAAAUCUCAACGACCUCGGCUGGGAUUGAACCUAGACCCACUGGGAUGAGAAGUGGUCACGCGUACCACCAUUACCUACCGUCGCGAAAAAGUUCAACAAUACCACUCAACAUUUGUCUGGACGAGAUUGAAUCAUCGUCUGCCUUGGGUUCGUGUGAGUUGUUUGCUAAGUUUUUCGUUUUUUUUGUCUUUGCUGACAAUACCGCCUCCGACAAGGAAGCCGAAACUUCUGUGCGCGACACACCUCCAUCAGCUAUGCGAAAAUGAUGAAAAAGGUGUGUCAGUAAUGUCAGAGACAUAACCGAAGGGAAAUAGAAUGCACUUUAGGCUGUAAAUACGAAUGCUGCAAUUUUUACUAUCUUCUGAAAGAUUGUAUUAAAACUAGUGAUGGAAAUACCGAAAUAUCGGAGAUCAUACAUCGAAAUCUAAAAUAUUUGAACACAUGGUUUCUGAAAAGGGCCUUUAAUAACUUGAAUUCAUACGACAACAUCAAUAAUAUCUUGCAGAAGAUUCGCAUUAUCAACAUAAAAAAUAUUCUAUUUCAUUUUGAUUAUGUCUCUGACAUGUCCCAUUGGUUUAUUAACCUGUGAAUCGUCAAAAUGUAAUAAAUUACCGAACCAUUACUAAGCCAUCAGCAGUGUCUAAGAUACUUGAAAUGGUUGUUUCUACGGGUAAACACUAAUCUUCUAGAUUUUACGUCAAUUUGCUUUGGCACAAAUAGAAGCAGUGUAUACAGAUUUGAAAGCUGCAUUCGUAAUGUAGUAACUGUCAUGACUGGACGCAUGACUGAAUUUUGUUGAAUGGCUAGGUUCGAGUCCCUCGUGUACAGUUUGGCACGUCUCUUCGUUAUUCCCGAAAAAAUGUGGCGAAGUCACUCAAAGUAGCAACGUGGAAUCUCUAUUGCUCGUAUUGUUUUUCAACGUUUUUGCUGGAUCAUUGAUGCAAACUAAUUAACCCUAGAAUGUUGCACUUGCGUUUUCCACCCUAGAACGUUGCACUGGGGUACAAAUGUACCCCACGCGUUUGAUCGCAAUUUUCACAGGUAAAAAUGCAAACAAAUAAAUGUAUAAUACAUCAUUUUCUUCGUAUUUUAAUUGCAAAAACAGCUGUGCGAGGUAAAGUACGGAAUUUAUUGAAUCAAUGAUACAGACAUUGGCUUGAACAAAAAAAAUUGAAAGAGUCGCGGUUUUCACUUUCUUAACAAAAAUUACUAUAACUUUGCGAAUUUUCAACCGAUUUGAAAAAAAAUCAAAUGAUUCUAAAAGUUGAAUGAAUUGUCUAGAAACGGUAUAAAAUGGAAUUUCGACAUUUUUGAAAAAGUGCAAUUAUUUUGGAGAGUGAAUGUUUAAAAAUCGGGUUUUGGAAAAUACCACGAAAUGGGGUGGAAAUUGAAAUGUAAAAAAUAUUUCUGAUCAGUAAUACAUUGGUAACACGCAACGUUACUGCUAUAGCAGUAACUGUGCGCAAAUUAUAUUUGCGAGUCAUUAAAAAUAAACAAUAAAACAAUAAAAAUCAGCAAGCAAACCUGAGAACGAUUUUUUUUCUAAUUCAAAAUUUAAUUAAAUAAUUGAGUAAAUGAUUAAAAACGAUUAUAUAAUACUAAUUGUUACAUAUGUAGUAAAACAACUAGUAUUUAAACUGGUAUUGUCGCGAAUCACAUUGUCACUGACAGCACGAAACCUGACGAAAACAUUAACGACGACCGUACACUGGGGUACAAAUGUACCCCACGCCAACUUUGUCACCUACUUCCACGAAGGCUAUAAGCAAACUGGCUAUACAACCUUGUCCUACUCUUACCAGGAACUCUAAAUUGUGGUUAGGGUCCAGGGUCAGUAAACGCCGAAUUCUCAUCUUCACACGGCUCCAAAGAAGACGUGGGGUACAUUUGUACCCCACGUGCAACGUGCUAGGGUUAACGUCGAUGAUUUAAAGUUACCAAUCGACGACUACGUCCGCUUUAAAGGGAAUCUGGAUUCAUGGCUAGUGUCCUGGAAAACUGGCAAACUGCGAAAUGAGAAAUUGUAAAUUUCCACCGCGUAGUCAGCCCGAUAUGUUUCCAACACUAAAUCGAUGGGAUCUUGAAAGCAAUCCGAAAGCUAGGUUUUAUUUUUAAAAUCCGUCGAUAAUUUAGGAAUUCGAACUGUAUGUAAUACGUGAUACUGUUCGCUGGUUCGCCCACUGUCUGAAAAUACUUCUUCAAUUUGGAGUACUCAUAGCUUACUUGGAACUUAAACAACACACUUAAAUUCAAUUACCUACUAGUAGGUAAGGUUAAUCUGCUGUCUUUGAUUCGCUGCCAUAAAUCAAGAGGCAGGGAUUGAUUUUUUUACUCCAAAUGAAAUGGAUGAAAUUUAGUCAGCUUUGAGGUAUAUUUAAUUAUUUUUUGGUAAAAUCGCCUUGUCUUUCUUUCAUUUUUCGUUGGAGGAGGUAGGGUGCACAGGCUUCAGAUUACCUACUGCUGGAUAAUGCAAGUUUUCCGUCAACGAAAAAAAUUACUCGCCAAAAAUUCUCUCUCGCUCUCUGCUUGGCUUUCGCGCCGCCUCACAAUGGUCUAGAAGUUCGACUCCCGAGACACAAUGUGGGACAAUAUAGGGACCAUACUGAGCCCGCUACAGUUAAUCAACUCUAUAAUGCACCAAAAAUAUACCAUCCUUGGUAUUGUCCUUUGAAAACAGGAUUGAUAAAACUGCGAAAAGUGUUGGUUUUUCUCAACGUAAUCAGUUCAUUCCUAUUAUAUUUUGUAGUAACUUCGACUAAUCUUUCAAUACAAGCGUUUCAAAAUGUCGGACAAACAGGAGUGAUAGUUUUUGAGCGGUAAUAAAUUGUUAUUGUACUGAACGGAAAUGCAGAAUUUUUGCACCAAUCAGUAGAAAAAAUGUUCACUAAUUUUAUAUUAAUUUUCGAAGUACUAUCUAUAUGUGAUAUAAAUAACGAUAGUUGGAUUCUUGGACUUGGAUCAUCUUAUUGAUUCUGGGAUAAUUACAUUCUUGGAUGCAUGAGUUCUAAUAUUAAUAAUGUGGAUUCGUGGGCUACUUGAUUUAUAUCUGAACGGAUUUACAGUUUUAUAAAUCCAUGGAUUGGAAUAAAAAAAUCAAAGAUUCUUGCAUUUGUAUAUUGUUGAAUUCAAAGAUCCUUAUAUUUGUAAUUGACCGGAUGCUUCAUUCCUGACUUCGCGUUGAACAUAGAAGUUUCGAAAUUGUUUAUUUAUUGAAGGAUUGUUCCCAACACUUGUAACUAUUUAUAAGAAGAUGUAUUGUAUUCCGGUUUUCUUCCAAGCUUAAAAAGUGACCUGAUUCUUGGUUUUCUAUACUUCAAAAUUCCUGAUUUCAGGGAAUUGAGGAUUCCUGGAUUCCUUUACUCUUAGAUCAUUAUUUGGGCACUUGAAGGUUGGGUAAAUUUUAUUCUUGGAUCUGUGGAGGAUUUUAUUCUGUAUGCUGUAAUAACUUUUCAAUUUGAUGGAGCUUAAAUUCACUAAUUCUUGGAUAUAUGGGCUUCAUGGGCUUUUGGAUCCAAAUAUUCUAUUCGUAAGUUUGUACAUUCUUGGAUUUCUUGACUUCUGUAUCUUAAAUUCUUUGUCAAAUAUACUUAGAUUGAUUAGCUAUAAGAAGAUCAUAUUUUAGGAUUAUAUCAUAAAGGAAUAAAGUCCGAGAUUACAGAAUUCUUGGAUUGAUAUUUUUAUUGCUAUUGCUUAUGGGUUAGGUGAAUAAUUUAUUGAACUCCGAGAAUCUUCGAUACCUAGGGUCCUGGGAAUUUUAAUUUCUGGUGUACAAGAUUCCUUUGUCUAUAUAAUUUAACAUUCUUAAAUUAUUUAAUCCUUGUUUUUUCUUUGGUGGAUUCUUGUAUAUUCCUGUAUUCUAUGAUUUUAUAAUAUUAUGCUGAAUUUUCUAACUCUCGAAUGAUUGUGGUCCAGGAUUCUGAGAUUUGCGGAUUUGUGGAUUCCACAAUUCUUGGACUGUUUGAUUCAUACAUUUCUAAAUACAUAAAUUUUUACACCCUUAGAUGAAUUAGAUUUUCGGUGAAAUUGAAUUCCACUCAUCCAGCUUGGAAUCAUGAAUUUUUACAUUUUGUUGACUUUUCUAUUUGAAGAUACUUGGGUUCUUCCUUUCUUGGUCAUUUGGACUUCUGGGAUCAUAUAUUCUUGGACGAUUGGAUUUAAGGAUUAAUGGUUUUCUACACCCUCGGAAUUCUUGGUUUCGGAUAUUCGGUUUGAGAUUCUUGGUUUACUGUAUUCUUGAAUUCACUAAUUCUUCGAUUCUUGUAGAUUGUUAGAUUCAAGGAUCUUUAUGUGUUUUAGUUCCUGAUUGCUUGUAGUUCAGAAUCCUGUCUUCUUUAUUCCAAGGGUGGAUUAGGAAGAACCGGGAAUUAUUUGUUGCUACAUGAGUUUUCUAAAUGAGCAACUAUUAAUUUUUGUGAUUUGGGAUUUGUGAUCAUCACCGCUAGUAAUAUUGGAAUUGACGGCUAUCGAUUCUUUUCAGUAAAAAGGAACCGAUUGCCGUCCAUUACAAUUAAAUAUUAUUUUAUGGAUCGUAAACGCAAAUUUUUCUUGAGUCAAAUAGUACUCAAUAAAUUACCAAAUUACAAAUUACUUGGAUUCCUAUUCGUCUAUUUUUCAACACUCCUGAAUUAAUGAAAUUUAGGGUUCCAGGAUUGCUUCAUUAGUCGAUGCUUGGAUUAUGUAUUCUACAAUUUCUAAAUCAGUCCAAAUUCCGUACGGAUACUUAGCUUAUCGUUUUCAGGGUUUCCAGGAUUCUUGAAUUUCAUACUUUCAAGAUUUUUGCAUUUCUGUAUUCCGGAGUUUUUGAGUGCCGUAAUCCCUGCAUUUGAAGAUCCCUGAAUUAUUUGCUUCAUGAUCUUCUGGUAUCAAGAUUUCAUUUCUACCUAAUCUUCGAUUCGAAUAGUACACCUGUUGGAUUUUUUCGUCCCUGAAUCUGUAUAUUACUAGCUAUCUUCGUUCUUGGACUCAAGGAUUCUACUAUCUCUGGUACUUGAAUUUCUAGGUUAUUGAGAUUCUCAGUAAUGUAUUUUAUUCGGUUAUUCUUUCUGAGUUAAUUAUUACAUGGAUUCCUGGUCUCUUACAUUUCAAGAGUUCCUGGGUUUAUGGAGUCGAGGAUCUAUGAAUAAUUUAAACUUUUCAAUUCCUGAAUUGUAAAAAAAUCGUAUGAAUUCCUGGUUGUUCAGUUCUUGGAUUCCAUGAUCGUGAAAUGUUUGAUUUUUUAGGAUUCCGUGGUGCUCCAAAUUUAUUAAUUACUGGGCACUUAGGGCUGUUUUCCUUAGUUUCUGCGUUUGUAGGUUAACAAUUUUGAUCGGAAUAUUAAUCCUUUUUCUGGGAUUCUGAUUUGUGACUUGCUAAUUUAUCGUGUUUAAUGAUUGAUUGAUUUCUUAGUCAUGUCAUUUACUUCACUCAACAGGAAUCUCAAAAUUACAGGAUUUUAGUCAGUAUGUCGGGAUACCUAGACAUAAGAUAUCUUGUAUUCCAGAUCAAUCUGAUUUCUGAUUUAAUUACAUCAUGAAGUUUUAGAUACACUCUUCUCAAUGUCAAUUAGAAAGACCUGUAAGCCAAUAAUCUGCUGCGAAGUUUAUUGGAAAAGUUGCCCAAAAUUACACAACGAGAUUGUUAUGCCAAGGAUCGGAUUGGAAUCUUUUACUUCGAGAUCCAUGAAUAUCAUAAAUUUAUCGAUUAAAUAAAUUGGUAUGUAUUAAAAUCGAAUUGGAUCUGAAAUUUCUAGGUUUCAACAUGGACUAGCAACCCUUAUUCACUGAAUUAUCAAAGUUAUUCAUUCGUUAGCGCACUGUAUUUUCAAACUCCCACAUUUCUAUUCUAGAAUCUUUGCGCCAUUACAUUCAUUGAUCGAUGAAUUUAUUACCCUGAAUCUGCAUUGUAAGUAGGGGUUUCUCCACUACUUAAGUUCAAACUUUUUCCUGUCUGGCAGACCCUUAUUGACAGGGCGGCUUUGGCACUUCAGUCAGAAUUUCGGAUUUCCUUACAUAACCAGAAAAGGUAAACAGGUGCUCCCUUAUUGGAACCGCCCUAGCGACGAUGGCGAAUUAACGCCGGAUCUACUCCUUGUGAGAUGUCCCAGAAGUCACGGCAGUGUAAUUCUCAAGGGGCACCUUUGGUCUGCCUGCUUCGCUCUCCUUAACUGUUAGCUGUGAAGGAGAGCGGUUCAUUCGGCUGAACCUUCACUGCGAUGGCGGAAGGCAUCUUCUGGGUCCUGAUUGAGAAAGCAAGUAGCGCCUUGGCGCUUAGCUAAGCUUGUUCUCGGACCAAGCUUUUCUUUCGCGAAUGGCACGCCCAAUUUCGCGGAAUGGACUGUCCAGCAGGAACUUGUUCACGAUCGAAAAGAACUUUUCCUUGCCAAAAAAUCUGCCUCAUCUCAACUGUCAUCCGAAAUGACCAGCAUAACCAGCAACUUCAUUUUUUUUUUUUGGCAAAAGAAGAAUGGUAGCCUAUUUAAACUUUAUGCUAACUAUACAAAUUCACACAAAACAAAUUAUCUAACCUAUCUGCACGAACAAAACCGUCCAGAAACGCAACAUCGAAAAAAAUUGACAUCUAAAUGUAAAGGGUAAAGAGCAGCGGGUAGUAUCAUAUUCUGUAAACAAAUACACUCUAUAGAGUGUAUAGACGAAAAUAAGUAAAUUUCACCCAGUGCUAAAUUGUUACCCUGAUGGAUUACAGUAGUACGACGAAUCGAUUCUUCAAACGAGUAUGGUUCCAUCGAAUCUGAGUCCCGGUGAAUUUUGCUGUGGUGUUUCCCAGAAUGCAGAACAAAAUAAGCUAUUCGUCAUAAUAUGAAACAGGUCUCAUGGAUUCAUGCAAUCUAACAUUCACUCGGUCAUUGUUCAGUAAGCUGACCACCUUAUUCUACCGUUAUGAUGAUCGUAUGAUCGUUUCAUAGAAUCGGGUAUGUCAGAAUUCCAUAUUCUUACAAUACUAGUUUGCUUAUUGCACUGCAGACCCCAUGGAAUCCUGAGUUGGCGAUCUCCUGGAUUUCGGCAUUCCAUCAUUCGAGAAGCCAUAAAUUUCAAAAUAUGUGCUUCGGCUCCUAUAUUACUAGUUUCCUAAGUAUGUGGAAUCUGAAUGUCUUAGCUUUUGUAGCCCACUUCUGGAAUAGCUUUUAUAUCGUUAUAGAUUCUAGGAAAGGCUCAUAUUCUUACUGUGGGGAUUAAAUCAAUUUUUUUAUAAUGCUUAUACUUGACAUGGUUAGUUAUGGUAAUUUCACGGUUCUUAAUUCGAAUAUCUAACACUCUUUUCACUUAUCACAAGGAUUAAUUAAACGCGGUAGAUUUCUUUCCGAGUUCUAUUCCCACCCGAUGGCUCGCACUCAUUUCUUUCCACAGUUCGCACUCAUUUUACUGAUUUACAAAUGCCGAGGGUUAAACUAAGAGCAGAUUUUUGUCUCUUAGUAAUUUUCUUAAAACACCUUUUAAUUCACAUUUCAUUGAUGCCAUACAUUUCACUGAAAUUUUUUUUCUUUCGAAAAAUAAACUAAUGUACUCUGCAUUCACGUGGUCAGGAAACUUUUUGGAUAUUCUUUUAAACUGAUUUCACUGAUAUUACCGAAAUUACAGAAUUCACUUAUAUCACUGAUUUCGCACAUUUUACUGAACAUAUUGCUUCCACUAAUUACACAUGGUUUGCGUUCUCAAUGACUUUUUGCACAGCAGCAAACUGAUGUCCCGAAAGUAAACAUUAUUUCGUUAUGCAUAAAACAAACUACAACGCGACACUAUUUAUAAGCGGUAAAAUUCUGUUUUUUUCUUAUCGCCACAGUUUACACAAAACAAAUCGGAAACACGUUCUGAUGCACUCCAAAGCCCUCUUGGUUGUAUCCGCCCCUUUCAUCAUUGAUUCUGAUUCCCCACAGGUCCAACUCCGCAGGUAUUUUGCUCGCUUUGGCACCUUUCCCCCGCAAGGUAGAACAAAAAACAACCAGUUGUCUGUGAGAAAGUUCACUUGUGGGAUAAAAUGAAUGCAAACAGUGCAGGUGUGUGUUAUCUGUACUUGGUGCCCACUGUUUACCAUCUUUUAAAGCGCAGAUGGGGUGAAAGAUCACUCCAGUGCUGCAGUCUGACACUCUCGCCGUCGCAUUCGACCACAGUCUAGGUGCUUCCCGGAUCGCACUCGACGGGGGACCCCUUUCCUGAGCCUAGCUCGAAACCCCAAGUCAUGGCAUCCUGUAUGGCUGCAGAGAAGAAUGUUUUACUACCGUGUGAAACUUGACUUUUAAGUUAAUUGACAACCCCUUUGUGUCACACGAUGGCAACCAGAUUCGCACCUCCAGCCAUCGCCGCCUGCCACGCGACGUACAUCAAAAGUCUUUGCUCGCACUUGUCGCUCGUUUUGUCCGCUAUAAAGGGUUAAGGGGUUCUGUGCAGCAGAAUUGCACAAUAGAGGGUGAAUUGGUGAUGGUGCUACCGACCCUAGCUAUAGGGAGAGAAUCGUUUUACCAACGGACCGGAGCGAUCAAUCGAACAGGUGGUUGUCUUGUUUGGGCAAUGAAACAAAACCACCGUUCUUUGUUCCCGAUCCAAACAACGGGACAACACACGGUUGAUUGGAGACGCACAUAAACUGCACAUGUAGGUUACUUUCGGUUUGGAAUGGUAGAGGGAGCGCAGCCUGGCGAGGGGUUGACACAUUUGUUCCAUAUUGUGUCGUGUGUUAGCAGGGGCACAUAAAAUGAGGGUGUUUAUUAGUGUGAAACUUUGCCGAGCUGAGGGUGAAAACUAGGACAAGUGGGGAUUUUUGUGAAGAACUCACGUGUGGUUUGAUAAGUGUUGGCAUAAUUGUAUUCAGUGGCCCGGCGGGGGAUUGGUAUUCAGGUGUUUUUGCUUUGUUUUACUUUCUAAUGAGGGAAGUUUUCGUAAGUUACCGAAGGAUCGGAAUGUAUUGUUUGGCUGAAGCAACUUCAAUAGUUCGGGAACAUUCGAAUAUCAAUCUAAGUAACCCGAUUUUCAAAGUAAUUUACAUUUAAUAGUUCACGUGAACUCAUCUGCUAAAUAUUAUCACACAGAACAGACAUAAAAGUAAAAAAAAAACAUUUCAAAAAACCUUCAACGUUCAAAUGAAAAUAUUGUACUCUUCCCACCAACCUGGACUCCGCACUUUUAAAGUGCGAGUGAUCAAACUGCUACUGAAAACUGCGAGCUGUCAAAACACAUGUAUUUCAAGUGAUAGAGAUGGUACUUCCAUAGACAGACCAGUCGAACUAACCAGUCUAUGAGAAGAGUUUAAUAGAAGAAUAGUAAGUGCGCAUUGCGAUUAGAAUCCAGUUUAUAAGCCACAAGCAAUACGUUUCAAAUCAUCAUCGCACUCAAAUUCGCACACGUGAUCCACCCUUGCAUCGAAGUUUGCACGCAAUAUUGUUAGUCCAUCGUAGCGAAGGCGUUGUAUUAGUUUAAAGGUGCGCCGACAAUGAAGCCCAAUCUAUCUAUCGAACCAGUCAGUCAAAGUAACCGUCUUUCGGAGAACUUGCAGGAAAAGUAUUAGUGUUGAAUGAAAUAAUAUCAUGGCAAAUUAUUUCAAUCAACGAAUUCACUCCGCAUGAAUGUUUAGUAAAACUUGCUCUAAGUUACUCAAAGUUAUAGAAAAAAUUGUGGUUGCCAGAAACAAAGAAAAAUAGUCAUCGUUUUAUGCAGUGUUGCGAAUUUCUCUGUACGGGACUCUAUAAUACACAGACUUUAGAUAGUAGUUUCUAGUAUAGACACUUUAUACACAGACUAGCGAAGUGUCAAAAAGUGUAGCCAAACGUUUAUGGUUGCUAGUUUUACAGUUUUUCCCUCCGCUACUCUAUUAUAUAAAGUGUCUGUAGUUUCUAGUUGUUGCUAUUUCAGAACGACAGACUAGCUACUUACACACAUCGUAAACUUUUCUUGAACGUCAGUUUUCUGUGGUAUUACUGGAACCAAAGUCUAAUAAGAUUUAAUUAUUUCAUUGCUACUACCACCAAUUCAAUCCAUUCCAUUUUUUGUGUAAGUCAAUCGAAAACUACCGACACCGACAGCCUCCCUAGAGAGAUCAACAGCUUCCGAACAUUCGGAACAGCUGAUUACCGGGUACCGACUUCCUUCUACAAACGAACAAGUUUUCCCCUCCACAUAAGAACAUGGCAGCUUGACACGGGAACGCUGCUUGCCCCUCCAACAACGCAACGGGAAACUCAAACUAACAAAACACAUUACAGACUGCGAACAAGAAAAUUCACUCCAACAAUUUUGUUUCGUUCCAUCCGAUCCGCUCCACCACAUCCGACGGUCGGUCGGUCGCUCGAUUGGCUCAUCCCUCUAGAUCUGGGGCUGUGUACAACACAACGGCGAAAGAGUACGAGACGAAUUAAAAGCCAACAUGUGUUCUACAAGAAGCUUUCACUUUUGAUGACGACAAGUUCUUACGUUUUCUUGUACUUGCUUUCGGAUGUGCCGGCUGUAGGUUUUAUGAUUUAAGGUGAAAAACGAGGAAAACUACAUGUACCUUUUACCUCCGCGGAAUUAUCAAAGUAACGCCAUAUUUUAAUACCAAAAAAAAAAACUUCACAUUUUUCAUCAACGUACCCAUGACUUUUUCUCACGUUCGCCUUGCUAUUGUGUGCGAUAAUGACGUCCUCAGUUCUAGGGCGACAGAGCCGACGCAAGAAAGCUCAACGGAUUUGACGUAAUAGCAGGUAGGCCUGUAAAAUCUUGACUUAAGAAGUGCUUUUCCGUACAGGAUAAAAGUGCUCCAAACGUCAACAUUCGAAAGGAACUGGCAGUCAUCUGGGCAGUAGGAAGUACGAAAAACGCUAACCAGGGAUGCCACAUUGAUAUCUAUGUUUCGGUCAAAAAAAUCUUUUUACCAUCUGUGAUGACUGAAACAGGAAAAAAAUCUGUGAAAAUCUGUGAUAUAUUUCCCUAAAAUCUGUGAAAAAUCACAAUAUUUUCAAAAAUCUGUGGAAAUCUGUGAAAUUUUCAUCAAAAUGCCAAAAAUCUGUCAUCUGUGAAAAAGAAUCUGUUAUCAAAAAUUGUGCAAAAAAUCUGUGACAUUACAGAAAAAUCUGUGAAUAUGGUAACCCUGACGUCAACCCUAGUACCUGGCAAGGAUGCCACAUUGACAGUUGUGAUUUAGUGAAUCUUUUCACCGUCUGUGAUGACUAAUGCAGAAAAAAAUCCGGCAAAAUCGGUGUAAAACUUCCAAAUUUUUUUGUGAAAUUCGUCAUAUUUUCUUAAAUCUGUAGAAAUCUGUGAAAAUUUCAUAAAAUCCCCAAAAAAAACUGUCCUCUGUGAAAAAGAAUCUGUGACCAAAAAUCGAUAAAUAAAUCUGUGGCAUUACAGCAAAAUCUGCGAAUAUGGCAACCCUUGCGCCUGGAUGGUUCGGCGCUGUGUCACAACUUGUUGAGAUUGCGACGAAAAAACACGGAUUUACUUUCUGCCGGGAAAUAAGUUUCCGGCUCGGGUGUGUGCUGCUUUCGGAAAAAGGAAUGCUCGAUGGUGGGCGUUGUUGCUGGAUUUUCUGGAUCAGCAAGUAAACUUUCGAUUUGAAUUUGAAAUCUCAAAAACACCGAGAAGGUUGGGAGUGAGGCUACGACCAUGCAUAAACACGCUUUUUGUCAGAACAUUGUUUGACUUAGCUACCAGGGAUGCCACAUUGAAAUCUGUGUUUCGGUCAAAAAAUCUUUUUACCAUCUGUGAUGACUAAAACAGGAAAAAAUCUGUGAAAAUCUGUGAUAUAUUUCCAAACAAUCUGAAAAAAAUCACAAUUUUCCAAAAAUCUGUGAAAAUCUGUGAAAUUUUUAUCAAAAUGCCAAAAAUCUGUCACCGGUGAAAAAGAAUCUGUGAUUAAAAAUUGUGAAAAAAAUCUGUGACAUUACAAAAAAAUUUGUGAAUAUGGUAACCCUGAUAGCUACUCGCUCUAUUCUGAAUGUGAACCUUUCAUUUGGUACCAAUCGAAUCAGGGAUGCCGGGUUAUAUUUCUUGAAAUCCGUGCGCAGCGUAUGUAAAAAACUGUGCAAAUCUUUGUUAAGGAAAACGUACAAAUUUUUCUCAAAACAAGAAGUGACGACCAUUUUUUGUUAGUUUUUCAAGGCAAAAAUUGAGCGCGAGGUCAAAAGUUAACCCAUUCAUUCCCAUGUUGUUAUUUCAAUUAGUCUGAUUGUGUUCCGAUGGAGCAGUGCUGUCAGGAGCAGUUUACAUUGACGACGAAAAAAUAAUUUUUCAUAUAUCUUCGUUAUGUUGCAACAUUAUUGAAAACUGAUAAAAUUUAUCAAUUUAGACUGUCUUUGGCUACGUUUUCCACUUAACUGAACGAUUGUAAAUAUACUAGGAGAAUUGUAUUGAGCAUUGAAAGGUAAAAAUUGAGUAGCUUGUAGCACUGCGAGGAAAGCACCUAUUUUUAUGAAAAAAGGCUUUUCGUGUAUCUUUACCCCACCUUUUUCUAGGAAAAAUAGUUUUGAAACCCUACAUGCACUGGAAAAAAGUUGGGCAUGACAGGGUUAAGAAAUCAGUGCUAGUCCGUGCAUUAUAAUAGAAAUCUGUGUAUUAAAACAGAAGUCUUGGGAAUAUGUGCAGUUUCAAAAAUCUGUGCAGAACAUUGAACAUCUGUUAAUCACAGAUCUGUGUAUCUGGCAUCCCUGCAAUCGACAUACACGCUGAAUUUUAUUUAUACAUCGAUAGCAUACUUUUCUAUCUGCCUCUCGUUUCUUCUGUAGUAAAUUUUAUACAUUGGAUAUAUUCGGUCUAUCCACUCAUUGACAGCUUACUAGAAGUACAUGCAAGAAAAACCUCAGCAGAAUAGAAGAGACGGAAAUGGAAAGUAUGCUAACUCUGCAUAUUUUUGUUUCUCAGUGUACGCUACUGCCAUACAGUGAUGGCAGAUUGUCUUUACAUUGAUUCCGCAGAUGUGAGCACUCAGAAGCCAAAUUAGUUUUUUUUAAGUUACCUUCAAAACAGACAGACCUUCAAAACAGACAGAGAUGAAAACACGUCAGGUGUAUGCACGCAUCAUUGCUUUGCCUUCCUUUUUUAUCAGGUUUAGAGAAAAGGUAGGGUCAAUUUGUGAAAAUAUUUGAAGUAAAACUCUUUAAAGAUCUCACGAAGGUUUGCUUUCAUAAUUCUCGCGUGUUUUAUGAAUAGGGCCAAUAAGCAUACUGUCAAAAAUCACUUUGGGAGGAAAUUCUGAACAAACCAAUAAUCGCCGAUUAUAAAUCAGGCGAAAGAGAAUUCUUUUCACUUUUAUAAAAUAUUAGCAUCAAUUCUCUGUGAGUUUUGGUUUGUCCUGAAUUUGCUUAUAGGUCGUUUACAAAAAACACGAGGAUUGCUGAAAAUUGUUAGAUUUCGCCGGAGUGUAGCUCAAAAACAUUAUUAAUUCUGUACUGUUCGUAGAAGGUGGCUCGAGCGUGGUGUAAGCUGCCAAAUCCAGCUGAAUUAUUUUGCCAUAUCCUCGGAUCGCUUGCCAUACAAAGUAUUUCUGGCGAUUUUUAACAGCUUCCUGCCUUUUCCAAUUAAUGUGAAGCUUCCUUGAAAUGUUGGGUCGCUUUAAUUACCUGCUGUAUAUUAGGAGAGAUAUUCAUAGCCAAUUAGUUACUGCAUAUUUCCUGUCAUGUAUGUUCCGUCAACCGUGACAGCAAACUUCGCUAGAACCUUCAAAUACAGUUUACCAGUAUGUGUUCAAGAUACCAAUUAUUGCCGCUCGAUCCGUCACUUUCUGAAAGUAACUUUUGUAACUGUUCAGUUGUCAAUCACAAACCUUACCGAAACAUUCGAAUGGCUCUUGAACGCACGUGUCAUCUUCUCCUGACCGUUUCCGUUAACUGGACGUGAUACACGAUACUCAAGUGUUUUUAGAAUCGGGCUGUGAAGUGCUAAGAAUUGUUCCGAGGUGCGCGAGUAGAAUCUUCCCGCGUAUGUUUCUCUGACAAGCUUCUGUACUCAAAACCAUUCAAAAGCAUAUAACUAAACAUUACACAUUUAACUAUGUUUCAGAUAAAUUGUGUUUUUUCUGCAUUGUUUGAAAAAGGAUCGAUUAUAUAUGUUGCAAUUCUAUCCUGGACAGCCCGUUUCAAAAUUAUGAUUUUAACGUAAACAACACAGAUUUAAAAUUCGAAAAAAAAAACCCUCAGGAUGAAAAGGGUCCUACAUCGAAACGUAGGAGUAACAAGAAUUACUAAACUAAAACUACUAAAUUUUCCAGUAUGUACGGUUAGCGUAAAUAACAGUAAACAUGAUUUUUUGAACACUGUCGAAGUCACGGCUCUCAUUGGUUCUUUGUGUGCUGACAAAAUUAGUGUGUGGCAAAAGUUACGCCUUCAUUUAGUUUGUUGCUAAAUCUUUGUCUAUAAAAGAACGAACACCGGUUAACUAUUUUUCACAUUGUGCUUAGCGGGCGAAUCGAUUAAGGUAGAAGGUUUCAAUGAUGCUCGAAGGAAAAGAACAAUAAGCAAAAGAGAAUAAGAGGAAGAAUAGACAAGCAGUGCUUGCUUACAUGGGCUCGGCGUGGAUUUCUGAUGGUUAAAUUAAAGAACAUACUUGUAUCAGAUUCGCGGACGAUUAAUAUGCUGACGCAAAUUGUUCACUGACGAAAUUAGUCGGUUAAUUAGUCAGUCUAUCUCGAAGCCCCCAAUUUCGUCGGUCAACUGAACUGUCAAAUGUUCUAUAGGGUACUGCUUAAGGAACACCCUAUUUUAAACAAUAUCUUGUAAAUGAAAAGCUCCGGUGUCUUCGAUGAAGUUUUCUAAAAUAUUUACUAAUUUUGGUCAAAAAAAUAAUCAUAAAUUUUCAUCAAUAAUAAUCAGGUAUGUUAGAUUGUUUCAGUUUUAAGUAAAUAGACAGAAAUGAUAUCUAUAAAACUGUGUUUCUAUGAAACAAACUGAACCUUUAUUUUAAAGCAAAAUGAAAAAUUUUGCAUGUCUUCAGCAAACUUUUCUAAAAUUAGUCUUUUUAAAUCUCGUUGAAGGUACCCAGGAUCGCAUAUUUGUCCCAUUUUCUAUAACAUUUCCUAUCUUCAUGAGACUAACUUACGGUCAUAAGCAGUACGGCUUUUGGGAAAAUUAGAACCACCCUAGCUGUAAUGUAAGCAAAAAGAAGAGGCUAACAAAAUAAAAGAAAAUAAAAACAAAAUUUGCAUUCUAGCUCACUUUGCAAUGGUGCCAAAAUCUCCAAUUCAUUUUAUGAUUUUUUACUUCAACCAGUAUUUGAUACAACCUUUGACGUCACUCGAAAGCAAGAUACUUCAACCAGUAUUCAAUUUUAAAGUCUUCCACCUUCGUUCAUUAACAACCUGACUGAAGAUGUCGAGUACCUUCAGUUCAUCGGAAGUAUAAUUUCAUUAUGCAAUCUAAGCAGUAAAUCAUACAAGUCAACAGCUGUCAACAGCAAGAGAAUGGCAUCUUUAACAUUUUCAAGCAUUAUUUAGGUUAUACGAAUUUAGUACAAUUUUAUUCGGUAAUUCAACUCAGCGACAGCAUGGAACUAAAAUUCACUUCCCAAAUGAAAUUAAACCCAAAUACACAUCAACAGUCUUUCCAUUAACAUCGACAAGUUUGCACCCGUGUACAAAAUUUCGUGCACGCGUUCAACCUCAAACAUGCUUUGCCUUUAUGUACAGGUUCACAUCGAACACCGAACCCAAGCGAACGAUGUGCAAACUUAGGUUUAAACACCGUGUACGUACACCGUGUGCGUACAUGAGAAAGGCACACACAAAACAGAAUGAGUCAAUGCUAGUGAUGGUGGAUGAGAGAAAGAGAAAACUAGUAUCAAGAACCUGUGUGUACGAACACGAUGUACGUACGUGAGGUUCGGUUGUGCAGACGAACAUGUGCUCGUGUUUUGGUACGCAUUAGCGCGUUCGAGUUUGCACACGAAAUGAUGGUGUAGGAUGAGCACAGAACUAGAGCGAACAUGCUGUUCGAUGUUCAUUUGGGAAGACUGCACAUCAACGAAUGGGUGAUGAGGCAAACAACCAAACCAUGGUACCUUACACGCAGUAGGACAGGUAUGCAAUUGAUUGUUCUUCGAAGCUUGCUUGAUAAACACAUAAGAAAUUUUGCUGACUUGACACGACAGUUUUGGUUAAAAAUCAAUGUGAGAUGCUCCUUGCAAACCCCCAGACCUACUAUUUCUUUCCCCGAAAGCAGACUUCCCAUGAACAUCGACAAGUUUGUGCCUGUGUACAAAAUUUCGUGCAUGCGUUCAACCUGAAACAUGUUUCGUCUCGAUGUACAUUAGACUGCCCAGAAAAAUGAUGAAUUUUUGAAAACUCAAUCGGCCCACCCCUGAGUCGAUUCCUAAUCUCACCAGGAGUACUUGCACCAAAUUUGAAGCAAAUCGGACAAGUCUAACUACCGGACUAACGUGCCUUAAGUUUGCAUGGAAUUUUUCAACAAUUCACAUGGAGAAUACGCACUAGUUCGUAUUUUCGCCGCUAGGUGGCACUAUAUCCAUCGUAUUAUCACUGUAAGUGAAACUAAGAAAGAUAAUUUAAUUUUCUACAACUUUGUCGAAGACUGCUAGUAAAUCCGGCUUUGUUAAAAGAAGUUACUAAACUCUUAACGAAGUGAUGUCUGAGUCAGUUUUGCAUGGGGCCUAGCAGUGCAUGGUUGUGUAUCAGUACUCGAGUCCUGCGAACAUUUUUGUGAAAUAAUGGUUAGAUUUACCUGAAUAGUAUGUUUAUAAGAAUUGUAGUAAAUAAUACGAGUUACGUUUUGGUUAGAAAAUUUUAGUUCCACCUGUGACCGCAUAGAGGGCGCCACCACUAACUUUUCAUAGAAGAGAUUUAGAGUAUCAAGAUGUUCGGAAGAAAUACUAAAAAAUGCCUAUUCUAUAACUUUGUAGAAGACACCAAAUUUCUAUCUCUCUCCGUUGAAAAGUUAGUGCAGGCGCCCUCUAUGCGGUAACAUGUGGAACUCAAAUGUUCUGAUCCAAGCAUGACUCGUAUUAUUUGCUAUAAUUCUUCUGAACAUACCAUUGAGCUAAACCUAACGAUAAUUUCACAAAAAAUGUUUAGUUCGUGUGAAUCGAGUACUGAUACACAACCAUGCACUGUUAGGCCCCAUGCAAAACUGACUCAGACAUCACUUCGUUAAGAGUUUAAUAACUUCUUUUAACAAAGCUGGAUUUACUAGCAGUCUUCGACAAAGUUGUAGGCAAUUAAAUUAUCUUUCGUAUUUUCACUCACAGUGAUAAUACGAUGCAUACAGUGCCACCUUGCGGUGAAAUUGCGAGCUGGUGGGUUUUCUCCAUGUAAAUUGUUGAAAAAUCCCAUACAAACUUCAGGCACGUUGGUCCGGUAGUUAGACAUGUCCAAUUUGCUUCAAAUUUGGCGCAAGUAUUCCUGGUGGGACUAGGAAUCGACUCAGGGGUGGGCCGAUAGGGGUCAUUUUUUCCCGUCACUCUAAUGUACAUGUUCGCCUCGAAAGUCGAACCCAAACGAACGAUGUUCAAACUCUAGUUGGAACAUCUGUGUGCUUACACCGGGUGCAUAUACGAGAACGGUUCACACUAGGCAAAAAGAAUCAACGCUAGUGAUGAUGAGUGAACAUUGUGUACGAUGUUCAUUUGGGAAGACUGCCCGAAAGACACAAAGGUCGAAAUACAACGAUGAAAAAUUGAGUAGACUAAACACAUCAGAAGUAGAGAUUUAAAUUCCCAUUCAAUUUCGAAGUAUUUUUUUACAUUUACAAAUAAUAUGUGAACAAUAAUUCUCAAACGAUCUUUCGAAAGCCCUAUUUUAAGCAAAUCCCUUAAUAUGGAGCACCAACAGAACAGAAGUUUUGAUAUAAGUUCACUUCACUGAUUUGUCUGCAAUAUCAUCAUGGUGGUGAUGGAAGAUGGACGAAGUUCAAAACUUUUUGAGCGACUUAGUAGAAUGUCACAACUAAUCCUAUUAAGGGGGGUAAAGGUUUCAGCGUGAAAAAAACACUUUAGU